UGUCUCCAGCCGCCGAUGCUUGGUGGUGGCGGAGGCGGAGGAGGAGGAGGCGGCGGUGGUGGUGGCGGCGGCGGUGGCGGUUAUCAUCCCCACAACAAUAUGGCACACAGAGCUGCAUCUCACAGGUGAAGUGUUCAUGCUGCCCUUGCCAAUCACAAUUAUGCCAAUGCCACGACCACACGCCGCUUCGCAGCAGCAACAACAACAACUGUUGCAACAACAACAACAGCAGCAGCAAAUGCAACAGCAACAACUGCAGCAGCAACUACAACAACAACAGCAGCUAGAGCUACAAAUGCAAUCGAUGCAAUUGCAGCAACAACAACAACAACACAGCAACUGCACCAGCGAUGCAACUGCAGCCAAUGCAGCAGCAGCAGCAACAACAUCUACGGCGUCGGCAAUGGCCAACAGCAACAACAACAACAGCAACAAUACCAACGCAACAGCAACGGCAGCAUUAACAGCAACCAAUUCAGAAUAAACACACCAGCAACACCUUCAACAACAACAACACACAACAACAACAGCAGCAGCAGCAACAACAACAGAGCAGCAGCAACAACAACAACAACAGGUGCAAUAAUACCCGUUAGAACAACAUCAACAAGAUCAUAUCGAUACGAGGCGACAAUGUUGCAGCAACAACAGCAGCAGCAACCACUGUCCUCCUAUCAGCAACCGCAGCAAUAUCAAGCGUUUCCAGCAGCACGCCAGCAGCAAUAUCAAGCAUGGCAGCAACCUCAACAACAGUAUGCACCUCGCCAACAGCAACAACAACAGCA